GGCCAUAGCACCUUAUUGUGAGUGAACUUAGGUUUUCUACAUCAUUCUAGACCAUAAUGUGCUAUCUUCCAGAGCCUGUAUUCUGUGGUAGCCUCUGGCCACACGUGGUUAUCGAGCACUUGAAAUGUAGCUAGUAUGAAGUGCCAUAGGCUGAGAGUGUAAAAUAUACAUUGUAUUCUGAGGAUUUAGUACAAAAAUGUAGACUACCUCAUUAAUAACUGCUAUAUUGUUUACUUAUUGAAAUGAAAUUUGGAUAUACUGGACUAAACAAAAUAUAUUAUUACAUUUUAUUUCACCUUUUUCUUUUAAAAUGUGCUAUGGGAACAUUUAAGAUGAUAUAUGUUGAUUUUUGACAAGCAUUAUAUUUCUAUUGGAUGGUGCUAUUCUAAACCUAACUAGUUCACCUCUGUUGUUUGGCAAUGUAGAUGGAAAGUGAUCCCCUAAAGGUUAUGACAAAAUUGCAGGCACCUCUCAUAGCUUGCUCCAAUCUUGUUAGACAUGCACUAAGAGAAGGACUAGCACUUCUGGAGAGGGGCUCAGGUGCAAUUUUGGUACUCUCUCAAUGUCCAAGCAUGAGGCUCACAUACAGCUUAUGUUCCAAGACACAGAAACUUUGCUAGUUGCCAUAUAUAUAUUGCUUAAAAUAAUACUGGGAUCAGAACCCAGGUCUUUCAAUUACACCAAGUCACUGAAUUACUUAUAGAGGGACUUAUUAAUAAAAGUAUACCUUCCUUUUCAAAUGUAAUACUAGCAAAUUUUAAAUAACUGUUAAUAAAUUACAUAGGUUUUAUAAAAAAUCAAUUAAUGAGGAAAUGACACUUCAGUCUUCAAAUAGAAAAUCAUAUUGUAUAUUCUAAUAAAUUAAACAAACAGAAAAUCAUAUUAUUAUUGCCAUGCACCCUAUAUCAGAGGAUUAGGCUGGAUGACCUUUAUUUAGCAAAGGAGUAUGCUUCAUAUCAAAACAAGUCAGAUAUGAACAUGAACUCUACUUGUGAAUAAACAUAAAUCUAAUAACCAUUCUCUGCAAAGCUAUAAAAGCUCUCUUGGAGACCCAACACUGCAGUUUCAAAAACUGGUUGCUAUGUCUUAUUCCAAAAGCCAUCACCAGUGACACAUCAGGCACACAUCUCUUCUUAGAGAAGGAGACAGAUUUAAAAAUAAUUAGCUUCCUCAUAAUGAUCUUAUGAUUCAUUCAGUAGUUUACCAAUUAGCACCAGGCAUUCUAGGUGGUCAAGAUACUACAGUGACCAAUGAAGGCAAACUUUUGCUCUUUGGAGCUUAAAUUUUCAUCCUUCGCUAUUUUCUCAAUAAGGAGAAUGAAAUGAUAAAGCAAGUCUAAGCCAUGCUAUCUUAGAAUGCCAUAGGUGGCUUUUUUAAAAGUUGGGAAUUGAAAUGAUUUUGAGACUUUCUAUCUUGUGUCUUUCUUGGGAAAUUUGAAAAUGGAGGUGUAUAUGGAAGAUGGAGGUGCAGAAGACACUAAAUAUCCAGUACUAAAUAGUAUUUUUGAAUGAAAAUGUCAGAAGACCCAGUUAAAGCUUCAAGUAAAACAAUUCGACUGUGUAAGGGAAUUUCCAAUCUUUUUUUUUUGGAGUCCUAGCAUAGUUAUUCUGCUCUUCUUUCUUUAGCUGGGACAUCCCAAUCUAUGGUGAAUCAGAUGUCUUAGUUCUUGCCUUCAUUAAUUUCGGGAACUCCAGUCAGAAUGGCUCUCCUUCCCACUCACCACAGACUGACUCAUCCUCAUUCUCUCACAGUCUGCGUCCUGCCCCUAUCCUCGCCCUUUGGCACAUUCUCUGUUUACAUUUCCACAGGUUCCCUUUCAUCCCUUUCAAGCAAGCGUUCUUUAGAUGGCAUUUUUUCCCUUAAAGUUCAGCCAGUAGAUGUCUCCAUUACUCCCUUACAGCCAAGACCUUGGCAAGUAGGGUUUAAUAAUUUCUUUAACCGACAACAAGGAGGAGGAUUUGAUCAUUUGCCUAAAAUGAGCAGAUGCUUGGGAGGACACAUCUUCAUCCUACAUCCCUCCCUCCGAUAUAUGUCACAAAUGAAAACUACUUUUUCCCUCUUUUCCAGGCAAAAGAAAAGACUGAUUUAACGAAGCAUGCAAGACGCCAACACCCUCCUCCUCAGUACAUCCAAGUUUCCUUCUCUCUGAGCCACCCAAGCUCUGCUUCUCCCUUUACCCCAGGCCACCCACCCCCAACCCUUCACGCUCUCGAGUCAUCAGGGAACGCGAGUGGGUGAAAGGACUGCUGCAUCCCGCGCCGCUGCCUCCUCCGUGCCGCCUCGGGUUCAGCACUGGACAGCUCCCGCCCCAGCCGAACAAAUGGUACUCAGCUGAUUGACAGAGGAGCCGACCAAACAGAGAACAAGACGAAUUGAAGCCACCCUACAAGGGCUGGUUGCGGCCAAGCUGCCUCUUUAAACUGGCUUUCUUCCCGAGAGCAGGGAGAGGCAGGAGUGUGGUUUGUGGCCAAACCUAAAGACUCCAAUUAACCAGCUGCCUAACCCUCUUGGCUCUGGAGAGACAAACGUCUUAAAAGAAACCCUCGCUCUCUGGGACUCGCCCCUGCGCUCGCUGUGCCGGUCUGUGCGCGCGCGCUCCGCGUCUCCGGGCGAAGCGAACGAGGAGGAGCCAGAGCCAGGAGGCGGGAACGACCUGCCACGGGUGAGAUGAUGGAGCAGCGUCUUCGGUGGUGGCGGCGGCGGCAGCAGCAGCAGCUCUUGAACACACCUCAAUGAGAGCGGCGGUGGAAGGAAAGACGUAAGCAGGCUAACUAUAGCUGCCGGCUGCAAAAGGGAUGUAACCUGUUCGGUUCAAGGCUGCGAGGUGCGUAAUCCUGAGCCGACCCAUUGUGGAGCGGGAGCAGCCGGCGUUGCCACAGGUGAUUUGAUUUCCUGUGACGGUAGCUUAGUCAGCCGGGCAUAUUUCGGAACAUCCCUAUUUUAAAGUCCUUUUGGACUGGAUGCCUGCUGGAGAAGGGGGAAGACCCCUAGCAAAAGUCUUACUGCUGACAGACUGACGACUACAAUUUAAAAAGUGACUCCUCCCGUUACCUCCUCUCCUCUCUGCGAGGCAGAUAGGAGUCAUGGCUUACCCCUUCCUCUUCUGCCUUCUGCUUGUUCAUUUCGGAUUGGGAGCUAUUGGCGCCAGCCGCGAAGCUCCAAGUCGGCCGGAUUCCCCUCGAGAGAGGACCCUGAGGACGAAGCAGCACGCCCAGCAGCCGGCUCGAGCCUCUGCCUCAGACCCCUCUGCUCCCUGGAGCCGCUCCACCGACGGCACCAUCUUGGCGCAGAAACUCGCCGAGGAGGUGCCCAUGGACGUGGCCUCUUACCUCUACACCGGGGACUCCCACAAGCUGAAGCGAGCCAACUGCUCCAGCCGCUACGAGUUGGCGGGCCUGCCGGGGAAGUCGCCUGCCCUAGCCAGUUCCCAUCCCUCAUUGCACGGGGCGCUGGACACGCUAACACACGCCACCAACUUCCUCAACAUGAUGCUGCAGAGCAAUAAGUCGCGGGAGCAGAACUUGCAGGACGACUUGGAGUGGUACCAAGCGCUGGUGCGGAGCCUCCUAGAGGGUGAACCCAGCAUCUCCCGGGCGGCCAUCACCUUCAGCACCGAGUCGCUGUCCGCACCCGCCCCGCAGGUCUUCCUCCAGGCCACGCGUGAGGAGAGUCGCAUCCUGCUCCAGGACCUGUCCUCCUCAGCACACCACCUGGCCAACGCCACGCUGGAGACCGAGUGGUUCCACGGCCUCCGGCGCAAGUGGAGGACUCACUUACACCGUCGCGGCUCCAAUCAGGGGCCACGGGGCCUGGGCCAUAGCUGGCGGCGCAGGGACGGGCUGAGCGGGGACAAGAGCCAUGUCAAGUGGUCUCCGCCUUAUCUGGAGUGCGAGAAUGGCAGUUACAAGCCUGGGUGGUUGGUCACUCUCUCCGCUGCUUUCUACGGGUUGCAGCCUAACCUGGUCCCGGAAUUCAGGGGUGUCAUGAAAGUAGACAUAAAUCUUCAGAAGGUGGACAUUGACCAAUGUUCAAGUGAUGGCUGGUUUUCAGGAACUCACAAAUGUCACCUUAAUAAUUCAGAGUGUAUGCCGAUUAAAGGCCUAGGAUUCGUGCUUGGAGCUUAUCAGUGUAUUUGCAAAGCAGGAUUCUAUCAUCCUCGAGACUUCUCAUUCAACAACUUUCAGAGAAGGGGUCCGGAUCACCAUUUUGUAGAAAGUGCCAAGGAUGUGUCAGAAGAAGCCCACGUCUGCCUGCCAUGCAGCGAGGGCUGCCCCUACUGUGCUGACGAUAGCCCCUGCUUUGUCCAGGAAGAUAAGUACUUGCGACUGGCUAUCAUCUCCUUCCAAGCCCUGUGUAUGCUGCUGGACUUCGUGAGCAUGCUGGUGGUCUACCGCUUUCGCAAAGCCAAGAGCAUCAGGGCAUCGGGCCUUAUCCUGUUGGAAACGAUCCUUUUUGGGUCUCUGCUUCUAUACUUUCCAGUUGUUAUUUUGUACUUUGAGCCAAGCACAUUUCGCUGUAUUCUCCUAAGAUGGGUCCGCCUUCUCGGUUUUGCUACUGUUUAUGGAACUGUCACUCUCAAGCUUCACAGGGUUUUGAAGGUGUUUCUUUCACGAACAGCCCAGAGGAUUCCAUACAUGACUGGUGGACGUGUCAUGAGGAUGCUGGCGGUAAUACUCCUGGUAGUGUUCUGGUUUCUCGUUGGCUGGACAUCAUCUGUUUGCCAGAAUUUGGAGAGGCAGAUUUCACUCAUUGGCCAAGGGCGAACGUCAGAUCACCUCAUCUUCAGUAUGUGCCUCGUCGAGCGCUGGGAUUACAUGACAGCAGCCGCUGAAUUUUUAUUCCUCCUGUGGGGUGUUUAUCUCUGCUAUGCAGUGCGGACGGUCCCUUCAGCAUUUCAUGAGCCGCGCUAUAUGGCCGUUGCAGUUCAUAAUGAGCUCAUUAUCUCCGCUAUAUUCCAUACAAUUAGAUUUGUUCUUGCCUCAAGACUUCAGUCUGAUUGGAUGUUGAUGCUGUAUUUUGCACAUACUCAUUUGACUGUGACAGUCACCAUUGGGUUGCUUUUGAUUCCAAAGUUUUCACAUUCAAGCAAUAACCCACGAGAUGACAUUGCAACAGAAGCAUACGAAGAUGAGCUAGACAUGGGCCGAUCUGGAUCCUACCUGAACAGCAGUAUCAAUUCAGCCUGGAGUGAGCACAGCUUGGAUCCAGAAGACAUUCGGGAUGAGCUGAAGAAACUCUACGCCCAGUUGGAAAUCUAUAAGAGGAAGAAGAUGAUCACGAAUAAUCCCCACCUUCAGAAAAAGCGGUGCUCCAAGAAGGGCUUAGGCCGUUCCAUCAUGAGGCGAAUCACUGAAAUCCCAGAGACGGUCAGCCGGCAGUGCUCCAAGGAGGACAAGGAUGCUGGGGAGCACGGCUCGGCUAAGGGGUCCAGCGCAGGAAGGAAGAACCCCCAGGAGGCUGCGGGUGGCUCUGGGAAGCCCAAGGAGGAGUCCCUGCGGAGCCGGGUCUUCUCGCUCAAGAAAUCGCACAGCACCUAUGAGCAUGUGCGGGAGCAACCAGGCGGCCCUGGCAGCCCGCCCGCCCAGAGCCGGGAGGAGGAGGAGGCUACAGACAACUCUGUGCUGGGGUCUCCGGUGGGAGCGAACCGACCCCGACCCCUGCAAGAGGACAGCCAAGCCGUGUCCACUGAGUCCGUGCCUCUGGUGUGUAAGUCAGCCAGCGCCCACAACCUCAGCUCGGAGAAGAAGCCCGGGCCCACCCGCACGUCAGUAUUACAGAAGUCCCUCAGCGUCAUCGCCAGUGCCAAGGAGAAAACACUUGGAUUGGCCGGGAAAACCCAGGCAGCCUGCGUGGAGGAGCGGGCCAAAGCCCAGAAAGCUCUGCCCAGAGAGAAAGAGACAAAUAGAAAAUACUCCAAUUCAGAUAAUGCAGAGACUCAAGACUCUGCCCCUGCAAACUCCAGUCAUUCCGAGGAGCCAAGAAAACCCCAGAAAUUGGGGAUUAUGAAGCAACAAAGGGCCAACCCCACCACCGCCAAUUCAGACCUGAGCCCAGGCGCCACCCAGAUGAAGGACAACUUUGACAUUGGGGAAGUGUGCCCCUGGGAGAUCUAUGACCUAGCCCCCGGGCCUGGGCCUUUGGAAUCGAAAGUUCAAAAGCACGUAUCGAUUGCAGCUUCUGAAAUGGAGAAAAACCCAACAUUUUCCUUAAAGGAGAAAUCUCAUCCCAAGCCUAAGGCCGCUGACCUGUGUCAGCAGUCCAAUCCGAAGAGCGUAGACAAGGCCGAGGUGUGUCCUUGGGAGAGCCAAGGUCAGUCCCUCUUUGAAGAGGAGAAGUAUUUGAUGUCCAAGACUCAGGUUCCCCUGGGAAGAGCUCAAGGUGAGAACAGUGGCCAGCAUUGUGCAACCGGUGUGUGUGCUGGGCAGUGUGAAGAACUGCCUCCCAAAGCUGUAGCAUCAAAAGUGGAGAAUGAAAACCUCAACCAACUAGGAGACCAGGAGAAAAAGACAUCUUCCUCUGAGCGAAACGUGCCUGACUCCCAUAACUCAAGUAAUAACUUUCAGCCACCUUUAAUGUCACGAGCUGAGGUGUGUCCCUGGGAGUUUGUGACCCCAGAUAAACCAAAUGCUGAAAGAAGUGUAGCUUUCCCUGCCUCUUCUGCUUUAAGUGCAAAUAAGAUAGCAGGGCCUCGAAAGUAAGAGAUCUGGGGUCCUUUUAAAGUGUAGCAUCCCCAGAAAGAAAAGGAGAAGGAAGAAAUGCUGAAUUUGAUAUAAGACAGAAGAUACAAGGAUCAGAACUACCCAUGGAGUAUUGGUCAGUCGGGGGAAAUGGGAAAGAAAGGGAUGGAAGAGGGUGUAGGGAGACUGGCUUCAGUGAAGAAGUUAGACUGGCCAGGAAGGUCUUUCCCCAGGGCACACUGGGAAAAUCCUUAUACUUUAGCGUGUUCGGGGGAAGUAGACCUCAAUGUCUGCCCCUGAUCAAUACGUAUCCUUGGGACUUGGAAGAUCCCAAGCAAGGCAAACCAGAAGACACAGAAGAGGUACAAGAUUUUCAAAGAAGAAGAAGGUAUCAAUGUCUAUGCCCCAAAUUCUAAGUAGCUGACUAAAAAGAACUUACUUUACCUAUUUAACCUUGAUAGCACUGCUAACUUAAUGCAUCCAAAAAUCCCUUUUAUAUUAAUGAUGGCUCUCAUUUUCUUAUCAAUGUCUGUUUCAGUACCUUGUUGUGUCUCAUAUUCAAGCAUUCCAGAUUGUAUAAUUUUUGCAAAUAACUUUGAUAUUAUGUGACACAACACAUUUAUGCAAUCAGCCGCUACUCAAUUGUUAUUGCAACUUAACAGAAAUACCCUCUAUCUAUCAACUUUAGUUGAUUCUUGAAGUACAGUAAGCUUUCUUUGGCUUGGGAAGCCAUAAUUGUUAUGAUAAAAAAACCUUUUAGUUUGGGCUGUGAUUUAUAUAUAUUGUGAAUUCGGAUUUGACUCUAUGAUUUCACAUCAUGGUUUGUUAUACUGUCUUCAUCAGGGUCUUUUUUUAAAUCCAAGUUGAGUGAGUUGUUUUGCACUUUUCCUGUGAGGACGCAGAAGCUUUAUUAAUAUUGGAGAUCAAGUGGUCCUUCUUAGUCACACGUCUCAAUAAGUUAAGGACAACUUAUCUAUUGUUUGUUCAAAGUCAGAGAUAGAUAAUGCCUUCAUUCCAAUUAAUUGUCCCUCUUAACAGUAUUUCAUACUUAGCAGCAUUUCGUAAGGAAGGAAGAAGCUAAGAGUGAGAAAAAUAUACUGUGCAUUAUUAUUACCAAUGGAAAGGGAAGCCUCUAGGAAUGACAAGAGAAUUCCUGGACUGCAGAGCCAGGGAAUUUGCCUUGAAAACAAAGAAAGGGAGCUCCCGUUAGCACUUUCAAGGGAUUAUAUUUUUAAAGAGAGAAAAUUAUUAUAGCAUCCAGAUCAUAAUAUGGAUAUAUUUUUAUUAUGCAUACUAAAUAUAUAAUAUUUUAAAUUACCUUAAACUACUUAUUCUCAUAAAACUCUUAUUCAUUACUUCAGGCAGGGGUAGAACUUGCUGGCUCGAAUCCCAAAGAAGUUUAUAACCAGAGCUACUCAAAGCCUAUGAGGCAGUGUGGGUUCUUCAUUCUUCCAAGCCCUGGAAAACUUCCAAGUCCUGCAAAUGGCCUAGGUGAGCUACCAGGCUCAACAUUUCAUAUGUCAGGUUUAUUUGCAAGAUGAAACAGCCCCCACGCCCUAAAGCGUACUUUAUAAAAUGCAUUGCAUUCCACACUGAUCACCUGGCAUGGAAAUCCGAAGCUGCUGAUUUAGCCCUACUGGUGUGAUCAUGCAAAGAGGUUCCAUCGCAAAGCUCAGUCUCAUUUUCUUUUAAGAUGAAUCACUUGAAAAUAGAACCCUGACUUCCUUUCUCUUACACUUAACACUAAAGUACCAUGGCUUGUUUGGUUAGGACAUUCACAGCCUAAGGAACUGUUUUUUCAUUUUUCUGAGCAGCAAGGAGAAACAUGCUAGGGGGAUAGAAGAUGAGAAAAAGGAAUCCAAAAGUGGAUACAGGGCUGUUCUUAGGAGUACUACACUCAGUGGAAGAAGAAAACCAGAAAUUCUUAUUCACCAUCAGAAUUUUCUCAGUGAUUUGUCUUCAGGGUUAACAGGCAUUUCCCCAUUUUGCAAAGCUGUGCAUAGAUCUUCCUCACCCAUUUGCUUGCUUCAUGCAUUACUCAGGAUGGUGGGGUAGGUUUGAAGAGAUAUAGAAAUUCUAUUUGUUCGUGCUUUCUUCAUGCAUUUCCUUCUCCCCUCCCUUUUCAAUCAAAGCCUAUCGACUGGGUGACCUUGGAAUAUGACUUCAAGGUACCAAGUUGUGAAUUUGGUUCAAAGCAUCCAGACCCAUCUACUUUUUUCAUUUAUGUCCAAGAUCUGUUAGCACUUUAUUGACUUUUUCAGAAAUAAGCAGUCAGGCAUCGGUGACUUUUCAUUGCACUUCAGGAUGACCCUGCUAGAGAUGUGGCCUAAAGAAGGCUUGCCAGGUUCUACCUUAGUACAGCCCAUAGAUUCUCCUCCACCAGCAUCAAUCAACGAGAGCACCUGGGGCAUUCCCCUAGCCUUUCAUUGCUAUCACUUAUGACCAAGAGAAGCUUAAACCUGCAACCCUUAAGGUUAUUUUCCCAGACUGAUAACAGUAAGCAAGUGAAGAAACUCUAUGAAGUUCACAAACAUUUGCUAGGUUGUCCUUCUCAGUGCAUGUUCAGGCUGCAUCCUGUCCUUGUUUUUAAGCCAGGGUUUAUAAAUAAGUAGAUUUAUACCAAUCUUAAUAGAACUGUAUAUUUUAUGCAAGAGUUCAACGCUUUACGACUUGAAUUAUAACCCAGCCCAUUGUAAACUUUGGUGGCCAUAUGGAUUUGACACUUGACAGUUCUCUUGUAUUUGCUUCCUAGGUUUCUGCAUGCAAGUGAUGACAGGUAGGACUGAAAAAACACUGCCUUUUGACUUCUAGCAUUUAGCAACCCAGAGUUGUAGAGUCAAUAAAGCUGUCAGUCUCUUCACUUAAUCUGUGGUUCUUCUGAAACUAUUAUCUGCAACCUGCAGCAUCUCAUCAUAAAAUAUUUGGUAAAUUUAUGUUGUGAUGUGUUACAGCAUGUAAAUACUUAUAACUUCUCUGCAAUAAAACAUAUUUAUAUGAAAGCAA